UGUUUUCAAAUAGUUUAACAAUGGAGGAUUUCCAAUUAUGGAUACCCACAAGUGAGUCAAAAUCUACCCUUUUUGAAGAAACAAGUUUUAGCAGUCUUGAAUCCAAUGCAACCCCAAAACCCUCUGUAUUUCAUUGCUAUAUUGCUUCUCUUAGAAACCUAGCUUCACAAAUUAGUUUCCUGGCAGUGCAUGACAACAGUCUUUAUGCAGCAUCUGUCAAUGAAAUCAGUGUCUUUAGUUUAACAAAUUAUGAACUUAUUGACACCUUUAGCUGCAGUGGCUCCAGGUCCGGUUUGGUCAAGUUUAUCGCAUUCAGUGACAGGAAAAUCUUCACUGCACACCAAGAUUGUAAAAUCAGGGUUUGGCAAGUGACAUCAAGCAAGAAGCACCGUCUGAUCUCUACACUUCCGACGUUUAAAGAUCGUCUAAGCCGUUGCAUGCUCGCCAAAAACUACGUUCAAGUUAGACGUCACAAGCAGAAGCUUUGGAUUGAGCAUUCAGACACGGUUUCAUGUUUAGCUGUGAAUAAUGGACUAAUGUACUCAGCUUCAUGGGACAAGAGUUUCAAAGUAUGGAAAUUAUCAGACAUGAAUUGUUUAGAAUCGAUGAAAAACGUGCAUUCUGAUGCUGUCAAUGCAAUUGUUGUUUCUGUUAACGGCCUAAUAUACACAGCCUCUGCUGAUGGACACAUAAAAGUUUGGGAGCGAGUCGAGAAAACCCACAAAUUGUUAAGUAUUUUAGAUAAACACGCUUCUAGCGUCAAUGCAUUGGCGCUGAAAAAUGAUGGAUCUGUACUUUUCUCAGGAGGAGGAGAUCAAAUUAUUUUUGUGUGGGAGAGGGAAGAUAGUGCUAAUUUCAUGGUGGUGAAAAGAUCAUUGGCUGGGCAUAGAGGGGUCAUAUUGUGCUUAAAUUAUGUAAAUAGUACAUUAUUGAGUGGUUCAUCUGAUAAAACUGUUAGAAUUUGGCAAAAAUUCAAAGAAGGGUACCUUUGUUUGGGAAUUCUUGAAGGACACUGUAAACCAGUUAAGUCAAUUGUUGCAGUUUCU